UACACACAUCUAAUACUUUUUCCAUCUCUAGCCCGGAGUUGCAAAAAAAUCGUCUUCAUGAAAAAAUGGAAUUAGACAAGAAACUACGAGAAGUCGGGUGGCACCUGACAGAGGAGGGCCUUAAAACCGUGACUGCAGCCGUCGGCAGCGAGGAUGUUCGCAAAAUAGUCGAUGAUGCACUGAAUCGAGAUCUGCGCGAUAUAGGCGGUGGCGCACUGCCCGCGAAACGCGAAGAUGCCACUUUGCCUGGAAAAAUAGUGCUGCAGGUUCAGCGUGUGCGGAAUAUCGCCGCUCCCAAGGCGAAUGAGGAAUCGAAGGUGGCGCCACGCCUCCUUCAGUUGGAUCUGAGUGAUGGCCAGAACUCCAUACAGGCCUUGGAGCUGGAGCCAGUGACGCAGUUGAAUCUUAAUGUGGCUCCCGGCAGCAAGAUCUACUUUAAGGCCGAGAAACUGCAGCUGAUGCAGGGAUUCGUGCUGCUGAAGUCCAGCGAGAUUCAGCUGCUCGGCGGCCGUGUGGAUGCACUCUACGAGAAGUGGGAUCUGGCCAGGACCAUGCUGAGAUAUGCGCGCAGUGGGCGCCCAUUGAAUGGGACAUCAGCGCCACCCCCUUGGGUGGCAUUUGGCAGAAAAAUCGAUACCACCGCCGAAAGGGAAAAGGACUUUAAGAGCCUGGGCUCCUCGGGCGACAAGGAUAAGCCGGCGAAGGAGAACGAAGAGUUCAAUGCCAUGCGCACCGAGGCCAUUGCCGUCGCCACCAAGGCCGGCGGCAAGAAGGUAUUUGGCGGCGGUGGCCAGAACAUAAUCGAUCACAAUGUCAAGAAGAUCCUGGACAAGGGCUUCAGCGAGGAGGAGGCCCGCAGUGCCUUGCAUGCUACCCGAAACAACCUGGAGCGUGCCCUAUACAAUCUGAAAAGACGCAAGGAAGCUGGAGGUGUGGGUCCAGUCGAAUCCGUGGCUCGUCCGGGACGUGGAGAUCGUCCGCCCAGAGAGGGGAAGCGUGGUGCUAGCGCCAAGGACGAAGCAGAAGCAGCCAAGCCUGCUGCCAAUGCCACGCUGUUUGAUUUCCUAACCAAUAAACUGCCCGCCACGGAAACACCGGCCGCUAGCGUCGCAGAAACCUUUGCUGCCGCUCCAACUGCCCCACCCACUAUCAACCAUUUCAAUCCAUUCAAGCAAUAUGGAAACUCGCGGUUCGGCGAGUCCGAGAGCAGAUCUUUAGCUGUGGGCGGUGGAGGCAAAUUCGGAGAUCGUUCGAGGUUUGAGAACAACGUAUCGACCAGCUUUGCCGCACAUCGUGGUGGACAUGCAGGAUCAUCGCGAGGCGGUGGCCGUAGUCGAGGUGGCGGUAGGGACGAGAGGCCACCAAAGGAGGAGCGAGCCCACAGGGAAGACAGGCCUCCGAGGGAAGAAAAGCCGGCGAAAGAAGAGAGGCCACCUCGAGAGCGAGGAGGCUUCAAUGAACGUGGAACUGGACGUAACAAACCAGACACUGCAGCCGUAAAAACCUCAAAUCGCAAUGGCUCGGACACCGCGCCAGUGAAACAGAAUCCCGAGGUUAAACCAGAGCCAGAAGCAACCAAUGGAAAGGACCACACUGCCAAUCGACGUGGCAGCGAUCGGGGCAGCAAUCGUGGAGGCUCCAAUCGGGGAGAGAAUGGCAACGCUAAUGGCAACAGACGUAACAAGCAGGCAGCACCAAGCUCAGGUUCGGCGAGUUUAGCUGCAAAAACCUCAAAUAGCGCUGGCGAUGACUUCAACGCCCGUUUGACUAAGGUAACCGAGGAAGCAGCUAAUCUCAAGGUGAGCAGUGCUCCCAAGCGAGAGAAUCGCCGUAAGCAAGGAGGUCUGGGACAAGCGAAUCGCCAGGCGGGAACGGGCACAGAAACGCAGCAGCAGCCAGCACAGUUGCCUUCGCAGAAGCCAGAAAAGGCUCAACCCAACCAGAAGCAUCAGAAUCAGCAUCACAAUCCCAGGCAUAAUUCACACACGAACUACAGUCAAUUGGCGAAUGGCUACACGUACGAUCCCAGCAAGAUCAUGGGUUUCCAAAGCAAGGAGGCCAACGAGUUUGCCAUGAGCCUUCUAAAGAGCCAGGGUGUCACGAUGCCCAACCAACAGCAGCAGCAGCAGCAUCAGGAAUCGCCACCCAUGUCCUUUGGCCCCGUUUCGGCACCUGAUCCCCGUGCGCAACCUGCUCCAGUGGCUGUGCCACAGGCUGCGCCAAGGGAUCAGUUCGGUAUGCUGCCAGGCGACGCAUGGAUGUGGCAGAAGGGCGAUUUGUGCAUGGCCAAGUAUUGGGACGAUGGAAGGUAUUAUGAGGCUGAGAUCACGGGAGUGUCGGAGAAAACUUGCGUGGUCUUCUUUAUGGGCUAUGGAAACCACGAGGAGGUGUUGAAGGUCGACAUCCUGCCCAUCACUGAUGCCCAGAAUAGGCCCCUGAGCAACGCAGCGCAGCAGCAGCCGCAUCAGCAGCAGCAACCGCAUCAGCAGCAGCAACAUUCACGCUACCGCGGAGAUCGUCAGACGCAGCAGCAGCAAGUCUACGUGCCGCCCCACAAACGAGAGCAUUGAGACAGCAUAAAAGCAGCCUGUUUACAACGUAUUUAAAUCAAUUGAAAUGUUUCGAAUAAACAACUUUACAGUAUAUUGAAACUA